ACCCCGCCGCGCACAUGAUGCUUAUUAUGUCCACCAUUCAUCAUAUCUCUGCCUCUAUUAAGUUCAGUGUGAGCAAGAAUUCAGGUCUUGGGGGCUAGAGAAACGUGACUCAGCGGUUAAGAUCACACUGCUCUUGCAAAGGGCAGGGGUUCAAUUCCUGGCACCCACAUGAAAGCUAACAACGAUCUGUAACUGAAGGUCCAGGGGAUGUGACACCCUUUUCCGGCUUCACAACAAGGAUUCACUUACAUACAGGCAGGCAAAACACUCAUAUACAUACAAUAAACAAAAAUAAAAUCCCAGGUCUGCAUCUACAGCUGUGUGAACACAGGAAAGUCACUUGGCCUCUGAGAGUCUGGGUUUUCUCUCGUGUGAAGUGGAGCCUGAAAAGUAUCCGUUUCUUGGGGUUGCUACCCUGGCACAGAGUGAAAAGAAUCGGUAAAGUUUGGUGCUAAUGGUUACAAGAUUUUUUUUUUGAGACAGGGUCUUCCUCUAAUCCCGGCUGACCUGGAACCACUAUGUAGACCAGGCUGGCCUCCAUCUCAAAAUCCUCCUGCCUCUGCCUCCCAAAUGCUGGGAUUAAAGGUGCGUGCACCACCACGCCCUGCUGUUUACGGAGAUUUUCUCUGCCUCUUGAGUUUGCCUUUUCCUGUAAAUCCAGACCAACGCCUCUGGUCUUAAAGGUGGGACUCCGUGGGUGGAGCCUUCCAACUAGAUGCCUAGUCAAAAUGUUAAACAGUUCGAGGCUCCAGGCAUUUUAGGCCGAAUUACGGUCAUUCCAAGUGGCUGAUUGGUGCGAAUGGAGAGGGGCAGACCCGGCGUUCCCAUCGCCCCAAUCCGUGGCCUAGUCUCCCGCACCGGCUGGAUUCCCUCGCCGUCAGACGGCAGCCGGAAGGAGGAGGGGUCUAGAGGGAAGCUAACAGAAAGUGCUGAACCUUAAGUGAGAGGCGGGAGAGUCCGAAGGGCCAGGGGCCGGGAGGCACCGCAGGCCCCACCCGGGAAGGAUGGCGUGGGGCAGGGUUGGGGCUCGGCCGCCCUCCCGGCCACGAAAGGGAGCUGGCAAGGGUGCUGUUCCAGCCACGCCUGGAGGGAGGACCAUGGGUGCCUUGACCUCCAGGGGCCGCGCCGCCCGGGUCCCCGCGCGGGAGCCGGAGCCCGAGGAGGCGCUGGACCUGAGCCGCCUGCCCCCGGAGCUGCUCCUGGUGGUGCUGAGCCACGUGCCACCGCCGACGCUGCUGCGCCGCUGCCGCCGGGUGUGCCGGACCUGGCGGGCCCUGGUGGACGGCCAGGCCCUAUGGCUGCUGAUCCUGGCCCGGGACCGCAGCGCCACCGGCCGCGCCCUGCUGCCGCUAGCCCGUAGCUGCCUGCCGCCCGCCCGCGACGACACGCCCUGCCCCUUGGGGCGCUUCUGCGAGCGACUACCUAUAGGACGCAACCUCAUCAGCAACCCCUGCGGCCAAGAAGGCCUACGCAAAUGGAUGGUGCAGCAUGGCGGAGACGGCUGGGUGGUGGAGGAGAACAAGAAGCUGGUCCCCGGGGCCCCCUCGCAGACCUGCUUCGUGACGUCCUUCAGUUGGUGUCGCAAAAAGCAGGUCUUGGACCUUCUGGAGGAGGGUCUGUGGCCAGAACUAUUGGACAGUGGGAGGGUGGAGAUUGCCGUCUCAGACUGGUGGGGAGCCCGACAUGACAGUGGCUGCAGAUACCGGCUCCUUGUCAGACUUCUACAUGCCAACCAGACUGUCCUUGAUGAGUUCUUGGUAGUACCUGACCCCAUUGAGCAGUGGAACAACAAUGUCUACCUUCAGGUUACCCAUGUGUUCUCUAACAUCAAGAAAGGUGUCCGUUUUGUGUCUUUCGAACACUGGGGUCAGGACACGCAGUUCUGGGCUGGCCACUAUGGGGCCCGAGUGACCAACUCCAGUGUGAUGGUGCGAGUUCGUCAGUCCUAGUCAGAGGCCACCAUUUUGGCAAGACAGCCUGACUGUGCCUUCCAGGAGCUGGAGCUGUUGGUGGGGACCCCUCAUGAAGACGGCACCAGUACCUCUCUGACACACAGAACUCUAGGAUUUGGUGAACAAUUCUGUUUGGCCUUGUUUUCAGAUUCUGGAAACCACUGGAAUUUUCCAUCAGAUCUACCUUCUGCUGCUGCUUCAGUGGGGUGGGAAUAUGCAUGGGGGCAUGCACUUGCGGAGGCCCCCUCCCCACAAGCUACCUCUUAUUUAUCUCAAUCCCCCUCUGCCCUGUCUGUAGUGUUGCCCUUUUUUGUUUUGUUUUGUUUUUUGAGGCAGGGUCUCAUGUUUCCCAGGCUGGCUGAAAACUCCAUAAGUAUCUGAGGAUGAUCUUGAACCCCUGAUAUUCCUGUGCCACCUCUCAGGUGCUGGGAUUACGGGUAUGCGCCACCAACACCUUGUUUUAUGCAGUCCUGAGGAUUGAACCCAGGGCUUCUUGUGUGGUAGGUAAACACUAUCAACCGAGCUACAGUCCCAGCCUGACACUGUCUCUCAUCACCUCCCGUUUCUGCUUUAGAGAGUUCCUUGGCCCUUCAAUGAAGCCCUCUACUCAUAUCUGAACUUAGAACUUGGGCAGGGCUAGCAAAAUUCCAACUGCCUUGGGUGGUGACUUUCACCUCCAUGGCUACCACCAGGUCUCAUUUCUGAAAGUCAACUGGGAUAUAUCUGUACACAGA